AUGUCUAAAGGUAAAGUUUGUUUGGCUUACUCCGGUGGUUUAGAUACCUCGGUCAUCUUAGCCUGGUUGUUGGAAGAAGGUUAUGAAGUCAUUGCUUUCUUGGCCAACAUCGGUCAGGAAGAAGACUUUGAAGCUGCUGAAAAGAAGGCUUUGGCCAUUGGUGCCACCAAGUUCGUCGUUGUGGAUGUCAGAAAGGAAUUCGUCGAAUCCGUCUGCUUCCCAGCCAUUCAAGCCAAUGCAAUCUACGAAAAUGUAUACUUGUUGGGUACUUCCUUGGCUAGACCAGUUAUUGCACAGGCCCAGAUUAAAGUUGCUGAAGAAAACGGUUGUUUCGCUGUCUCCCACGGUUGUACCGGUAAGGGUAACGAUCAGGUCAGAUUCGAGUUGUCUUUCUACGCCUUGAAGCCAGAUGUCGUUGUCAUCGCUCCAUGGAGAGACCCAGCUUUCUUCAACAGAUUCGCCGGUAGAAACGAUUUGUUGGAAUACGCUGCCUCCAAGAACAUCCCCGUUGCUCAAACCAAGGCUAAGCCAUGGUCCACCGAUGAAAACUUGGCUCACAUCUCCUUUGAAGCCGGUAUCUUGGAAAACCCAGACACCACUCCUCCAAAGGACAUGUGGAAGUUGACAGUUGACCCAACCGAUGCUCCAGACACCCCAGAAGACUUUACUGUUGUCUUUGAAAAGGGAUUGCCUGUCAAGUUGAUCUUGGAUGGAGGUAAGAAGGUUAUCACCGAAUCUGUUGAAUUGUUCCUCGAAGCUAACGCCUUGGCCAGAAGAAACGGUGUCGGUAGAAUCGACAUUGUCGAAAACAGAUUCAUCGGUAUCAAGUCCAGAGGUUGUUACGAAACCCCAGGAUUGACCAUCUUGAGAUCUACCCACAUUGAUUUGGAAGGUUUGACUUUGGACCGUGAAGUCCGUGCUAUCAGAGACCAAUUCGUCUCCGUCACCUAUUCCAAGUUGUUGUACAACGGUAUGUACUUCACUCCUGAGUGCGAAUAUGUCAGAUCUAUGAUCCCUCCAUCCCAGAUCACCGUUAACGGUCAAGUCAGAGCCAGAGCCUACAAGGGUUCUUUGACCAUCUUGGGUAGAUCUUCGGAAACCGAAAAGUUGUACGACGAAACUGAAUCUUCCAUGGAUGAAUUGACCGGUUUCUCUCCAGAAGACACCUCAGGUUUCAUUGCCGUCCAAUCCAUCAGAAUCAAGAAGUAUGGUGAAGCAGCCAGAGAGAAGGGCCAAACUUUAAACUUAUAA